AUGGAUAGUCUCGCAUGCCAUGUCAUUUACGUCAAUCGCAGCGUUGGAGAGGCCCGGCUGCUGCGCGCCAUACCUGACGAUUCCGCGGCCUCGCCGACAGGCGCUACCCCCGAUUGGCGGCGCGAUCGCGUUCGAGAACUCGUCCAGCCUCUCCUCGACACAUUUGGUGACGUUCAUGUCUGUGCCACCGGCGCCGCCUGUAUGGAAAAGCUGAUGCAGCUUCACGAAGCCGGGUCCAUGAUGGACAUGACACCAACCAUGGUUCUUCUAGACACGCCCCAUGAUGAAUGGAUACCCGAGUCCUAUUCCAACCCAAACUCUUCCUCUCCCGAUCCCAAUUUGGUCAACCGCGACGCCGAGAUUCAUACACCUGACGAGAACCUCUACGGCCUGACGCUCCUCCAGAGGCUCAUCACCGAGGCCCACCUGCGAAGCAUUUCCAAGCUCGUCGUCCCCAUCCCCAUCAUCAGCUAUCCAGAGACUCGCGAACAGAUGACCGACGGCACGACCGAGCCCUUGCCGGCUCAACCCGUCAGUCGUAAGCUCAUAAGGAGGUGCUUGGACCUUGGCGCCGUCGACGUGAUAAUCAGCCCCCUGGGCCCUAAGUGUAUCGCAACGCUGGAAAUAUGCGCUUAUAAGGCCCAUAGGGACGCCGCUAGGGACCAGCAGGCAAUGAUGGAGAUUACAAAGGGCCGCAAGCGAUCAUGGGUUGGCGUCAACGACCAGAAGCCCUUUGCCUACCUCCGAGAGGCAAUGGUCUCUGGCCUCAUGAAAGGAAUCUGCCGUCUCUCUCCUGAAGACGACAACAUCGCCGGUGCCCACAUUGCCGUUUCGUCUGAGCGCCAAGCCAUCAUUGCCGAAGCCGUCGGGCGCUGGCAUUUCGAUGCCCACGAAUUCUCCGACGACGAGCUGCUGGUGGCUGCGAUGCAGAUGUUUAAACAUGCCCUGACCUCCCCGGAACUCGAGAGGUGGCGGAUACCAGCAGACCAGCUCAUUAGCUUCCUUGUCGCAUGCCGUGCUGCAUACAAUAGCUUUGUUCCCUACCAUAAUUUUCGUCACGUGGUGGACGUCCUUCAAGCGACGUUCAAUUUCCUCGUCCACAUUGGCGCGUUCCCUCCGUACCCGACAUGGUCUCAACCAAGAUCCAAGGUGCAGAGAUCGCCAAUCGCCUCGCUCGUCAGCCCCUACGAAGCAUUGACUCUUCUCGUCACAGCCAUUGGCCACGACGUGGGCCACCCCGGAGUCAACAAUGGCUUUCUCACCACCUUGAACGCCCCGCUAGCGCAGCUGUACAAUGACCGAUCUGUCCUAGAGUCGUUCCAUUGCGCCGCCUUUUCGCAGAUCCUUCGCAGGUAUUGGCCCGCGGUGUUCGAAGACAGGAAGAUGCGCGGCCUGAUGAUUAGCUCCAUUUUAGCCACAGACAUGGGCCUCCAUUUUGACUACAUGAAGAAGAUGGCGACGCUCAAGGAGAAUCCUACAAACUGGAAUGGGCGCCAAGUUGAAGAUGCCAAGGUUCUCGCAUGUUCGCUCCUUAUUAAGUGCGCAGACAUUAGCAACGUGGCACGCCGUCAAUCAACAGCACUGAAAUGGAUGCAUAUGCUCUCGGAGGAGUUUUCAAGACAAGCCUCAAUGGAGGACGAACUCGAGAUCAAGUCGUCUUUGAUGUCCCCCCCGAAAAAGGACAUUCUAUCCCUGGCCAACGCCCAGAUUGGGUUCAUGAACAUGUUCGCCAUACCACUGUUCCAAGGCGUGGCUGAAAUAAUGCCAGGCAUGGAAUACGCCGUCAAGGAGCUUCACAUCAACAAGAAAUUCUUUGAAGAAAAGGUGAAGGAGGAACAGGCCAAGGCAGCGGAAGCGGCUAGCGAGAACAACAUUGAGAUUUCGCCCGCACCGAGUCCCUCGACUGCCAAAUCUGGCCACGACCCCCAUACCCCUGUUGAACACCCGGACGUCAACGGCAUGGCCUUUGGAGUCCCUUCAUCUUUUGACGCUGCGGAUGGUGAUCCUUUUACCUGCCACCGACCAGACGAUUCUAUCGAAGGCAAGUUGGUAUCGACAAAACAGCGGACGAGCGAGACCACCGAAGGCAGUUUAUCCGCUGGUUACCCCGCGGACUGGGCUUCACAGGCAGCGAGUACGGCCACUGGCAAGAUGACUCUGUCACCCAGUACGCAGGGCACCAGCAUCGUCAGCAACGAAUCUGGAGAGCGAACCCUCAGCGUCCCUGCGUUUAAUAUGUCGCCUCUCAGCCUCAAGGGAUCCCCAACGUCACCACGCCGAGAACGGGAACGGGAACGAGAACGAGAAAUGGCGCAAGGAGACGAGGAUUCGCACCUCGGAGGCAGCAUAGGCAGAGCCGAAGGCAAGGCGCUUAAGAAACGGCCAAGCAGGUUUCGAAUGAAGGACUUUCCCUUCUUUAAGAGGAGCAAGGGAUCAAGUCCUCCAUUCCCGACCGCUGACACGUCUGGUUGA